AUGACAAGUACAAUCAAAGCCUCCGUCCUCCACGGGGCCCGCGAUCUCCGCGUGGAAUCCCGCCCCCUCCCCACCCUCUCCCCAACCGACGUCCUAAUCUCCAUCAAAUCCACCGGCCUCUGCGGUUCCGACCUGCACUACUACACGCACUUCCGCAACGGCGACAUCCAAGUGCACGAACCCUUGACUCUCGGGCACGAGUCCUCAGGUGUCAUCACCGCCAUUGGCCCCUCCGUCACCAAUCUCAAGCCAGGCGACCGGGUGGCUCUCGAGGUGGGCCAGCCGUGCGAGGCUUGCGAGCUAUGUGCUCCUUCUGGUGCCAAGGAAGAAAGCAGAUACAACAUUUGCCGCUCCAUGCGUUUCCGCUCUUCAGCCAAGGGCUGGCCGCAGUUCUCCCACGCCCAGGGGACGCUGCAGGAGGUCGUCGCCCACCCGGCCAAGUGGUGCCAUAAGUUGCCUGAAGGCGUGGAUUACACGAUGGGCGCGCUGGCGGAGCCGUUGAGUGUGGCGAUGCAUGCUGCGGGAAGGGCCCAGAUCGGUUCUCUUGUGUCUGUGUCUGAGCCUGAGACGAAGAAGAGGGCCAAGAUUCUAGUCUUUGGCGCGGGAGCAGUCGGUUUGCUCUGCGCUGCCGUGUGCAAGUCCAUCACCAAGGGUCAGGCGACGGUGGUGAUUGCGGAUAUCCAAGCUGAUAGGGUCAGGUUCGCAGUGGAGAAUGGGUUUGCUGAUGCGGCGGUUGUGGUGCCUAUCCCGGAAAAAAAGAGGCCGGAGACGAUAGAGGAGAAGUUGAAGUAUGCGAAGAGCGUGGCGGAGAGGGUUAAGGGCGCUGAACUGCUGCCGGUGGACGGCGAAAAGGUUACGGUGGGGGAGGUGAAUGUUACUUUUGAGUGUACGGGGGUGGAGAGUUGUUUGCAGAGUUCUAUUUAUGCAACGGCACCGGGAGGCAAGAUCAUGAUCAUUGGUAUGGGAAAUCCCAUUCAGACACUGCCCAUCUCGGCCGCUUCGCUGAAGGAGGUUGAUCUCCUGGGCGUGUUUCGGUAUGCGAAUGCCUAUCCGAAGGUGAUUGAGCUGUUGGCCAGUGGGGAUCCACAUCUGCCGGACUUGUCUAAGCUGGUGACGCAGCGGUAUAGUGGUUUGGAAAGUAUCCCCAAGGCGUUCGACAUGGCGGCUAGGGUUAAGGAUGAUGAGGGGAAUCUGGUGUUGAAGGUUAUGGUUGAUAUGUAG